UCCCGUCCCCUUCAAAGCUUCACCAAUGGCUACACAUACCUUAAUUCCGUAUCAUUUAUUCAGUUUGAUAAUGAUCAUCAUGAUCUGUCAAAGAAAAAGAAUCUGAUCUCACUUUCAGCACCUAAAAGGUAUCACCCCAACAAUUUCAAAUCCUAUCCUAUCACUAUAUAUAGACAUCUUAGGAUCAUAUAUACACUCACAACAAAUCUUCCCACAACACCAAACUAUCUACAUAUAUCUUUUACAAAAGCUAGCAUUGUCUCAUACAACAUUUAACUUCUACAACUCCGGAUAUGGCUAUGGUUACAUCAUUGGUGAACGAAAGGCCUGUGGUUAUAUUUAGCAAAAGCUCUUGCUGUAUGUGCCACACCAUUAAGACACUGAUCAGCAAUUUUGGUGCAAAUCCUACAGUUUAUGAGUUAGAUGAACAUCCAGACGGAAAACAGUUAGAGAAGGAAUUAAGAGGACUAGGGUGUAAGCCAAGUGUACCAGCUGUAUUCAUAGGAGAGAAGCUGAUUGGUGGUGCUAAUGAAAUAAUGAGCCUUCAUCUUAAGGGUCAGCUGGUACAGUUGCUCCUGAAGGCUAAUGCUAUAUGGGUGUAGUCAAACAUAACUGUGAAUAGCAGUGUUAUAAUUUGUAGUUAUUAGAAUUUAAAAGGUAUUGUUUUCAGCCUUCUUUAAUGGUGUUUUAAAUCCAUUGAGAACUUAUGUGCUAACA